CUAUGGAAACGGCAAAUGGGCGCAUGCGUCUUUGCGCUACGCAUAUUGACCCGAGCCGUUUCGCGUUGCCCAUCGACCGGUCGCUUCCCGUUGAAGCCCGGAGGAAGCUAAUUAAGCGCACCACUAUAGUGUCUCCGUGGCUAGGCAUCAGGGUGCGCGCUGCCCGUCGUGUCGGCCGCAUCGACCGGUGCAUAUAAGCGCGGGCGUCCCGGCCGGGCAAUUACAACCCCGCAGACAUACGUACUGUUGCCGCUGCUGGUACAUUCUUCUAUCCGUGCAAACUCCGGUGUGUCAUGGCCUCGCGAGCCAGCUUGUGGGCGUUGGCCCUCGUUCUGCUGCUGUGCUUGUCGUCUCCUGAGGCGGGGGACGCGACGAGGAGCAGCGGCGCGGGGGAGGGACGAUGGUCGGCAUCGGCAUUGCGCGGCCGUGUCCGGGCGGACCCGAACAUGGAGGUCAAGUUCGACUUCACGCCGUUCCUCAUCCAGUACAGGAGCGGGCGCGUGCAGCGGCUGAUGGGCACGCGCGUGGUGCCGCCGUCGCUGGACGCGCGCACCGGCGUCGCCUCCAGGGACGUGGUCGUGAACAACAAGACCGGCCUCGCCGUCCGCCUCUACCGCCCGCCCCCGAGCCACGGGGAUAACAAGCUCCCGGUGCUCCUCUACUUCCACGGCGGCGCGUUCGUGGUCGAGUCGGCGUUCGACCCCGUGUACCACGGCUACCUCAACGCGGUCGCGGCCAAGGCGGGCGUCAUCGCCGUGUCCGUGAACUACCGCCUUGCGCCUGAGCACCCGCUCCCGGCCGCCUACGAGGACUCCUGGACGGCGCUCAAGUGGGUGCUCGGGCACGUCUCGUCCGGCUCCGGCUCCGGCGGAGGCUCAAGCUGGCUCGCCAAGCACGGCGACGUGUCCCGGCUGUUCAUCGCCGGGGACAGCGCCGGCGGCAACAUCGCGCACAACCUCGCGAUUCGGGCCGGCAAACAGCAACAGCAACAGCAAGGAGGCCUGGGCCUGGGCCGGGUGGCGAUGAUCAAGGGGCUGGCCCUGCUGGACCCGUACUUCCUGGGGCCGCACGCGGACCCGGGCGCGGAGCGGGCGUGGGGGUUCAUCUGCGCGGGGCGGUACGGGACGGAGCACCCGUACGUGAACCCGAUGGCGUCGCUGCCGGCGGAGGCGUGGCGGCGCGGGCUCGGGGGCGCACGGGUGCUGAUGACGGUGUCCGGCCAGGACAGGCUCGGCCCGUGGCAGCGCGCCUACGUGGACGCGCUCCGGGCCAGCGGGUGGGGCGGGGACGCACAGCUCUACGAGACCCCCGGCGAAGGGCACUGUUACUUCCUCAACAACCUCGAGUCGCCCAAGGCCGCCAUGCAUAUGGCCACGCUCGCCGCCUUCGUCAACCGCGACGACUAGCCUAGUAUUGCUCGGUCUCUGUCCCUGUGAACGAUCGGCAAACGUGGUAAUUGGUGAAGUGGGUAAGUUAACAUACAGAGCGUAUUCGCGCGCGUGUAUAGUGUUCAGAGGGAAGAGGUGUGCGUUACUACUAUGUUUCUUCGAGUAGACUUCUUUGUAACGGCGGUGACUGGUUCACUGCAGCCGGAGAAUCCAUAUGUGAACUGAUAAGUAUAAAUUGAAGAGGUCUCGAUCGACGUACUCCAUAGAA